AUGGUGCCCAAUUUUUCUCUACUAGAACAUCACCCCGAGUACCUAGUGGCACAAAGACAGGCUAUCGAGAACUGCAUUGAAACCAUAUCCCGCAUAAGAGCACUCGCCUCACCUGAUCCAUGCCAACAGCAUGUCCGCUUCGCUACACUUCGGAACCAGCUUUAUCGAAUCGCUUUGCAAUGUGAUCUGCAGUUGGGUGACACGGGUCCCAUACUCCCUCCGGGGCUUUCUUCUUCCGGGGGUAUAGCCUGGCGUCUCUCUGCAGACUGCUUCUCAGUUGUCAUAUCUGCUAUCCCAGCCGAUGGCUAUAGUCUCCCGCCUGGAACCACCCCGCCUGAAGACUAUCCAGUUAGCGUUGCCGCUGUUCAUUUCGAGUUCAAUCAGGACAAACCGAUAGAAUGUAGUGUACUAGUUGAAGAUCUAAAGAAACGUAACUAUAAUUCCCUCUUGAAACAUGUGAAAAAUUUGAUUUUACUCUACGAUCUUCCGGGCGAAAUAGCUCAACGAUGUCGAGCAUACCUAUGCCUCCAGGCCCUAGAGCAGGACUUAUUAAUGCUUUCAACUGCAGUGGGCAAUCGAAAAUCUAACGCUGUGACUCCUCAAAGUCUUGAAAUUCCAGGCCUUUCAUGGAAGAAUCCCACCUCCCCAAGUGAAGUGAGCUGUUUGGCUCAGUCUAUAAAUGGUUCGGCAGUGGGUCAAGUGAUCCAACGUACCGGCGGCGUCUUCACUGUCCUCACUUACUUUGUCUCGGCCGUACAGAGGGCCAUCGCAAUGUCUCACGCUCCGAAACCCCCUGCUCGGUCAGAUCCAGAAGCCGGAAUGCUAGGCGGUUUUUGUGCCUCUGUAGGUCUGCGUGCCACUGCAAAUGCAAAUCAGCACUCAUUACCUCUCGUCUCCUUGGUGAAUAUAAUAAAAGAUGCUGACGGAUAUAAUAUCGCACAGUUCACAAACGCAGAUAAUAUUACCCGCGUGAAUAUUGCCGCGGAAUUCUUUCUCAGGCUUCACCCACCCCUUUUAUUCGACGUUGAAUCCAUUUCUGCGAUUGAGGCAAUCACAAAAAUUCCAAUGGAUUCUUUAAAACAAAAUGAACCACUUCCCCUCCAUCAUCUUCUGCUUCGUCAACAUAACCAAGAAGGUCUUUCAUCCAUCGACGUACACAUGACCCUCCCCAACAAGGUGCAGCAUGCAUACCAUAUAGUUUCCAACAAUUUACGGGGCUAUGUUGUCAAUGAAAUCGCAUUCACGUGUCCAAGUCAACUACCCCCACUAGUUCAACUUCUUCGCCGAAAAGCUGCGUGGCUGUCAUUUGUGGAAUCCUUUUUGCUUCAUCCUAGAAAACCCGCUGUCAAAGAUGAAGAUCUGACCUACAGGUUUUGCGUCAACUUACCAUCACAGACUGGCGUUCUCAUAAACUUCCAGCAUCCACUUUGCAGUCGGAGACAGGUGAAAGGUAAUGUCAUGAUUCACUCUGUCACUUUCAUCAUCCAUAAUCUCCGAGCCUUUUCAACUGAGCUUCCUAAUUUAGUGUCUAUUCGCAUGGGCGAUCUUGGCGUCUCCGAGGCACAUGUACUGGGUGCAGUCUUACCUGAUGGAUUUCUCUCCGAUCCAAACCAAGAUCAGAUAAAAGAGAACGGCAGUGAUGAUAAAUACGACCCCACCGGAAUUCUUACACGCUCGCACAGCCUGCCAGUUGCUCUCACCUGGCUUCUUCUCCAACUGGGUUGUCCUGUGGUCAGAAUGUUGACGUCAACGUUUCCGAGUAAAUCAGCAACCAGUAACGGCAACUGCAAAACCACUAAACCAACUGGUCAGCGACGACCAGCGGUCUGUUUGGCUCGAGCUCGUAAUGCUUUGCAUCUCAGCGAUGAUGCGUCAGCGGACGGCCUCCUAGCCGGAGCGGAUAGGUUGUCCGAGAAAUCUUUGCAGGAUGCCGAGCGUCUCUUUCUCGGCGAUGGAUCUGAAGGUGGCUCCGGAAUCCUCUAUGAUCCAACUGCAGGAACUACGCCUUCCUGGCCUGUCCUACAGCCAUCUCAACCCUUGCCAAUGAUGCCUUCACAGCAGUUUCCCUCACGGCCUCUGCUUCCACCUGGUGUAAUGGCAACCACUCCACCAGUCGGUGUGACGUCAGAUCAACUCUCUGUUCCCACACCGAAAGGACUUGAAGAUGCGUUCCCUUCUCCUGCCCUCUCCUCAAACAACCAAAGUUUUCGAUCAAUACCGGUGAUUCCUGGGGUUAUGACCACAUCAUCCACCUCUCUUUUUGGCCAACCAAUGAAACCACCCAUAUCCUACUCUGCCGCCUCCACCCCCUCAAGCGUUGGUUUCAAGCCCCAAACCCCCGCCUCAUGCGGUGGCUCCAUGCUUGUGAGCCUGCUAGAUGAGGAUAAUCCACCUCAAAGUCUCCCUCCACCGCCUCACGUGGGCUCUUCGGCAUUGCCCCCCAACCGAAUUCUUUCCUCUCCAGUUACUGCUACUACGCCUAUCCCGUCUUCCCCUAUCACCGCUCAGGUGCCCAACAGUAAUCAUUCCACACCUCUCACUCUCUUACCGGCUUAUCCCAAAUCGUCGGGCAGUUCUGACGUUCUCAGCCAUCUCCUCACUAGCACUAGUAACAUUGGCGUUAGUAGCACUAACACCACCCCCGUUGGUGUCAAUAGUAGCGCCAAUAGCAGUACACAAUCGCUUCCUCCCGUCCUCAAAUCGACAACCAAUUCGGAGACAGGUGUUUCCAAAAAGGGCCGCAAGCGACGUGUUGAUCCCUCCAUGGGCGGAUUUAUCUCCACUCUUCCCACCCGUGCAGCUAUCAUGGAUGCGAUAAAACAGCCGGCAAAGCCAACCCCCUCUAAACCGACGGCGCUUGCAAAAGAGUCCGUAUAUGACUUUGAGGAUUGUCCCCCCUCUACUAAUAUUGCUCUACCUCCGCCUUUCCCACCUCCCAAGCCUUUCGCCUUCUCCGAUGUUUCAGCACCAGAGCGUACGGCUGAACGGAAAUCGGGCCUCAAGUUUGUUAUCAAAACUAAUCGAAGUGGGACUGGAGGUGGUCUAACUGCUGCUGCUGGUGCUGCCACUACCCCAACGGAAAACUCUGCCGUGGUGACCAAACCUCGAACAAAGGCAGUGGAGGGCAAACCCUUUGCUCUUUUUAAACAAAUGCAGCAGCAACAACAACCCUCUACAUCAUCACAACACCCCAAAAAGGAGCGUAAACGACGUGUAUCGUCGAAGAAUAAGGAGGUGCAGCCGUCUCUAGUACUGUCUAUUUCAUCACCAAAGGUGUUUCCUUCUGCACCAAUUGUGACACCAACACCAUCCCCCAAAAAGCACGGGUUCGUUAAGGGCAAACCGGGUCGAAAGAAGACUCUUUCUACCAGUUCCGAACCGAAACGGAAUCGUCUCAUUUCCUCGGAUGAACCUUCUGUUGAAUCGGGAGCAGUGGCUCCCAGCAGUGGAGUAAGUGGUGUUGGGAGCAGUGGCGGUGGCAAUAGCACAAAUCGUCUGAUCAAGGGCUACAAGAUUCCAAAGGUGCGGAAGCUGCCCUCCCCGCCGCCGAACAACUCACCGCCGGUGACGUCACAAUCGACGAAUCAAGAAGAAGCGGUAACAGGGAGAACCGAAGUGACGGCCACAACAACGACGAUGUCAACCGCCCUACCUCCGCCUCCCCCACCAGCACAGGCGGCAUCGAGCGCCAUGUCGACCAUCACAACAAAGUCGCAGCAGCGUUCGUUGCUCUUCAUCGUGGAGAAUCUGAAACGAGCAGUGGUGGAAUCAAGUACUGCGCCGCAGAUGCAUCAGCAGCAGACGUCUUCGGCCGCUGUGGUUGAAUUGGCACGCAGCAGUACUGAGGCCUCUGGAGACGCGACCAACGUUGCCGAGGACACAGUUUCUGCGGACUCAAAUGAUAAUCUGUUUGAGAAAUUCAGCAGCGCGUCGACUCCGACAAAGGGAGGAACGCCGUCGAUAGCACCACUACCAGCGAAGAGGUUUAAAGUAACUCCAACUCCGGGCGCUGGCGUGUACGACUUGAAUGAUGUCAACCUCAACUGCCGACCACCUGAGGAGGAUGUAGUAGCUGUAGCGGGUGUUGGUGCAUUGGCAUCCGGGACGAGUGAAGUUGAGGGUGAUCGGGAGGAGAGCGGGGACAUGGGGGCCACUCUCUUUGGACAGGAUGGGCAAUCGGAUUCGCAAACACCGCCAGCCAGUCUGGAAGAAGAGUCCGCAGCUGGUGGAGGGCUCAUCAAAGCACCGACGGAUACUCCAGACUCUCCAACGGAGUCGAUAAGUGCCAAAGCCUUCGUUGCGUCGAGCAAGAUUAUUCCGGUCUCGCAGGAAGCGCCUCCGAGUGGUCAUACCCCUUCCCUACCCACUGGGACAGUUUCGAACUCCGCUGCUGCUGUUGCUUCCUCUUCAUCCUCCUUCUUCAACAAAUCGAUCUCUUCCGGCCGACCGACAUCUGGCACUUUACGCGGUGGUAUGGCUAGAGGAGCUGCGGGUCCGAGAUUCAAUUAUCUGCGUGGUGGAUGGAGCGGUAGGCCCUACGGCUCUCCGAUGAUACCUCGAGGUGGGGGAGGUGGAGGUGGUGCUGGCCGAAUUCCGCUUCCUCCAUGGGGAGGUGGGCCCAGUGGACCGCCUCAGCCCCCACCCGGCCCAGGAGGUGGUGUUGGUGGAAGUGGUGGCUGGGGCCUCCCAAGGGGAGGAGGUCCACUUUAUCGCAUUGGUGGUGGAGGCAGUGGAGUUGGUGUUGGACGAGGCGGUGGUGUUAGCGCUGGCGGCAGCGGUGGGGGUGGUCCAUUUUGUGGGGGUGGCAAUCGACAGGCUCCUCCGAAAACCUAA